AUGCACAUCCUCGAGAUUGGCGCCGAUCAAGAUGAUGAGGGCAACAGCGCACGCGCCGUGGACCCAGCGUUCCGGACCGUGCCUCGCGACCACACCACCUUCCUCAUCUGGAAAGUUACCGAGAAAGGGACAGAAAUGCUACAACGACCACAUUAUGGCACAUUUUACGAUGCGGACGCUUACCUGGUAUACUCUUGCACUCUCCCUGGGCAGCCUGCUGGACCUGACGUCUUAAGACGAGAAAUAAAAGAGACCGGUGAAUGCAGUGAGAGACAUAUUCACGCGUGGGCUGGCGAGCGAAGCGGAACGCUGGGCGCCCUGGCACUCCGCCGCGCCACGCAGUUGGCUGGGCUCCUGCCUACACCUUCAGUUAUACACAAAGAGAACGCCACCAAAGAAUCGCCGAGGCUUUUAUCUUACUUCAGAGAUGGCAUCAGGAUUUUCCGCUCGGGCAGUUUGAACGGCGGUGCGCGUCUGUACCGAGUGCGCGGGCCACGACCAGUGCUGCUGCAGUUGGAGCCCGUCACCUGGGCGCAGCUCGCCUCUGACGGGGUGUUCGUGCUGGACGCAAACUCCCUGCUUGUUCUUUGGCUCGGUCGUACCGCUAACUUAAUUGAGAAGAUUUUCGGUGCUAAGAUCGCAUAUCGCAUGUCGCGGGGAGUGGACAAGGGUGCUCCAGCACGUCGCAUAGUGAUCGCUCACGACGGUUAUGAGCAGACUUUGCCAGUUGCCGAGCGCACUUUGCUGGGAACUUUGCUCGAGCCUCGCAACCGUGUAGUCCGGGCCACUCCACCACUAGAAGCUCCGAGGCCGGCGCGCCUCUACCGAGCCUCCACUCCCCGCGCACCCCACGCCCUGCCCUCUCAGAGGCUCGCCGCCCGCCUCGAAGAGGUCAAGCGCGCGCCGCUCUACAGGGAGGACUUAGCAGAUGAUGGCGUGUACGUAGUGGACGCGGGCAGCCGCGGCGUGUGGGCGUGGGUGGGGAGUGGUGCGGGCGGCGCGGGGCGGGGCGCGCUGGCGGCGGCGCGGGGACUGGCGCGCGCUCGGCGGCACGGCGGGCCCGUGUGCUGCGCGGCGGCGGGCGCCGAGCCGCUGGAGUUCGCGGCGCUGUUCCACCGCUGGCGCUGGUGCGACGCGCGCCGCGACUCCCGCCUGCGCGCCGCGCGCUCCGCCACCACCAAACUAGACGCCGUCAGCCUCGCCACUAAUUCCUGGCUCGCUGCUGAGGCGCAGCUGCCGGACGACGGGUCCGGGUCGCUGCGUAUGUGGCGCGUUCGUCGCGAAGACGAGCCGGCUCCGCUAGGAACCGCCGCGACGCUCGUCGAGGUGGAGCGCCCGCAGCAAGCAGUCUUUUACGACCGCGACUGCUACAUCGCGCUCUACAUGUACCACGCGCCCACCGGCGACCAGUCGAUACUUUACUACUGGAUGGGUGGCUCUUCGCCAAAUGAUCUGAGGAAUUUGGGUGCAAAAGAAGCCAAAGAUCUCUACAUUAAACUAGGGCGUCUUCCCGUUCAGGCUUGGAUCUACCAAGGAAAGGAACCGGCGCACUUUCUGCAAAUCUUCAAGGGAAGAAUGAUUACUUAUGUGGGCAGCGCUACUGAUUACGAUCCGAGCGGACGUCGUGUAAUAGCGCCGUGCCGUGCGUUGAUCCGUGUGUCGGGGCAGUACGCGCGGGAGGCGCGCGGCAUCGAGGUGCGUGAGGAGGUCGCGGGGAGUGCGGGGGUCGCGGAGGGCGGGCGCGGAGCUUGCUACGUGGUGCGCGAGGGCACGCGCACGUGGGUGUGGUGCGCUGCGUGCGCCACCGGCGACGAGCGCGAGGUCGCUAAGAACAUGGCCGCCGCCGAGCACACGCUCGUCAUGCAAGGAAAGGAAAAACCAGACUUUUGGGCAGCUCUAGGGGACCGCCGCCACUUACUGGUGGCAACGCCGCUGAAGGAAGUGGAACGUCCACUACCGCCGCGUUUGUUUUACGUGUCACUGGGCGCACCCGGCCAAUAUACAUUCGAGGAGCUUCACGCGGUGAGCCAGUACUCGCUGGCGCCGGAGCUGGCGGCCGUGCUGGACGCGCACGCGGUGCUGUUCGUGUGGCUGGGCGCGCACUGCGGCCCGCGCGCACAAGCAGACGCGCGCCGCCUCGCCGCCAGCUACCUCGCGCACGACCCGGCAGCUCGUGACCCCGAGACUCCGAUAUUGGUGCUUAGCCAAGGUCGGGAGCCACCUAAUUUCACCGGUUUCUUUCCGCAUUGGAAACAUUCUAUGUGGAAGAGUCACAAGACGUUCAGCGCCAUCGUCAGUGCAUUAGAGGGCAAGGCGAUAGUGCAGGGCGGCAACAGUGCGCUGCAGACCGGCAACAGCGCGAAUCACUUCGACCAAUAUGAGAAGUAUCCGCUUGCUGUACUGCGAGGGCCUAAGGAACAUCUGCCGCCCGACGUCGAUCCACUCACUAAAGAGCUGUACUUAACUCACGACGACUUCGUGUCCACGUUCAGCAUGCCAUACAGCGACUUCCGCGCAUUGCCCAGUUGGAAGCAAAAGGAGAUGAAGAAAGCUGUCGGACUGUUUUAA